GAUCGACCUGGAUCCGCAGUUGGUCUUCGAGCUUCGUCACGAAUGCGCGUUUUUCCCUUUAUUCGAAUACAUAUUUAGUUCAUCAUUUCAUUAAAUAACAAGAACAUUGAUAAUACGAAAUACGUUUAAAGUUGAAUUAUGAUAUCAAACGAACUUAUUAUCAUCAGAAGAAGAAGAAAAAGGUCCAAUUGUUUUUCUAUGGAAUAGUGAAAAAAACGUGUGUCCCUAUUGUGAUCGAAGAGACCCAUUGGCACGAUCGGAUCGAGUUUGAUUAACGAAAAUAAAAAAAAGAAAUAAAAAACAGAGGACCGAAUUGUUGUUAUUGUUAUUAUUGUUCGAUGUACGAGUUCCUUGGAAGAAGGAUGAAAACACGAGUGGUUUGCAACAGGCUGCACGAGGAGGUGCAUCGAGAAAUUCGCGCUUCGUAGCAGUGGAUGAGGAAAAGGACGAUCUAAUUAUUCGUUUAAAAUUCUUCUAUCUUCAUUGUUGUUAUCUAAAGACGAUUUGAUAAAAAAAGAGGAAGAAAAAGAAGAAGAAGAAGAUUCAUUGAUUUUCUUAUAAUACUUCAAGCAGUCAUCACUUCGAUUGCUAUUUACAGAGUUUCGUAUCUCUAAUUGAUACACCCCAAUCAUCGUACAUCCGACAGUCAUCAGAAAAACGAAAAAAUUAUUGAUUUCGGCAUGAUGAUAUAUCGAGUAUAACGAGAAAGAAAAACAAUUCAUCGAAAUAAUGUGGACGAAUCGUUUAAUUACAGUGGCGGCAAUUGUACUCGCGGUUGCCAACGUCUCUCAUGCGGAGUGCCAGACACGCUCGGUUUAUUGCUACGAAUGCGAUUCUUGGACAGAUCUACGAUGCAAGGAUCCAUUCAAUUACACAGCAUUACCGAGAGAUCAGCCACCAUUGAUGACUUGCAACGGGUGUUGCGUUAAAAUGGUCCGCAAUGCAAAAUCACCAUACGAAAGCGUUAGAAGGACCUGUACAUCACAACUACAGAUAAACUUAUUCAUGGUGGACCACGUGUGCAUGAUGGAAAGUACCGGCACUGGUCACAUGUGUUUCUGUGAGGAGGAUAUGUGCAAUCGUGUAUCCCCGACCUCGUGUUCGAAUCCCACCCUAAUCCUUUUACUCCUAACAACAAUAUUCUUUCUAAGCUCGAACAUUUUAGGAGCCCAAGCUUGCUUUGUAGAACGUUGCAAUGGUCACGUCGUAUAACACUGACUCGUUGUUCGAUCCACUUAUUAUUAUUAUUAUUAGAAAUCACUGAAAAAGUUUGACCACCCUUACGUCCCACUCCCCCUAAUUACUCAACUUUCCUAUUUUUUCUUCUUAAAUACUUUUAGAAAAAUUAUUAUUCCCUUCUACACUCUCUUUUCAAGGGAGAAUGAAAAAGAAAGAAAGAAAGAAAGAAAACACACAACAAUAAGAUAAUAAUUCAAACGUAGAAUGUAGAACAUUUUGCAUAAAAAUUUUCCUUCUCUCUCUCUUUCUCUAUUUGACUAUUUGAAAUUUAGAAUAGAACGAAUAUUUCUCUCGUAGAUUUCAUUUUUCAUAUAUACAUAUCUAUAUAUAUAUAUAUUUUGUUUUCUUAAUCGUUUCUCUUCUUUCCAUACAUUUUUGUUUCUUUUUUUUUGUUAACUUCUUUCUUUCUUUCUAUUUUUUUUUUUUUUCUGUAUUCAUCAAGCGUGUAUCGUGUUCUACUUAGCAACAUUUUUUUCAACUUAAAACGAAUGAUAUCGAGAAUAGAAUACGUUUAAUUUGGAAAUUACAAAAUAGUAAAUUUGUUAUCGUUUAGAAAUACUUUUUCUCGUAUUAAUAAAACAAAUUUACGUAAGUUUCGAAUGAUAAAUAACGCAUUAACUUUUGUGCAGCUUUUUUUGUUCUGCUUUUGUUGAACGCAAAAUAUCGAUAUAACGUUAAUUAAUUAUCAUCGUUGUUUCUUUUUUUUUUUCUUUUUUUUUGAAUUAACGCGGAUUAUAAUUAAAUUCAAAACGAAGUUUACGAAUCCUAUCGGAUAAAAUGUUAACACAAUUUAAACAUCUAUAACAAUUUGCAAUUGUUUUACAAUGAAACUUAGUAAAAAAAAGAAGAGUUAUUGCGAAUAAGAUUAAAAGUUAAUGCGAAAUAGGGGGGAUGGGAGGGGGUGGAGGUUGGGUAGUUGGGUAAAUCGUGGAUCAGAAAAUCAUUAGAAAAUGAUUAUAAAUCCUGUCACGAUUUUUUUUAUUUUGUUAUCACAAUCAAAUGUUAGGAUUAAUCUUUUCGUUAGAUCGCACACCACCGUUUUUAUUUUUCUUGAAAAUAAUUUUCACUAAAUUAAUCACCUUUUUCUCACUUUUAACAUUUUCCCGCACCGAGUGCACUUUUGUUCUUUCUUAAAAUUUGUCUUCUUAUUCUUCUUCUUCUAAUCUCUCUCACUCUUUCUAAAUUUUUCAUUCUAAUUAUGAUGCCUCUCCCUUCUCACCCCUGGCCCAUUUUCGACAUUAUUUGUAUUACAUCUUGAGCUUACUAAGUGCUUCACAUGCUCCACAAAAGAAAAAAAGAAAAGAAAAAAAAAGAAAUAUUAUUAUUAUUAUUUUUAAUAUGCCGAAAAUAUUUGUUAACGUAUGAUAGAUGAGUAUAAUAUAUUCGCGAAUAUAUUAACGCGUAGGCCGCAUGGUGGUGUUAUGUUAGUUAGUUAGUUCGGCAUGUCAAAAUUCAAUAGGGGGUUUCCCCAUAGAUUUGGUACCUGGGCAACAACACCUGGUAUCAACCGACUAGAAUGACGAACGAUGAUCGUUCGAUACGAUCAACGAUUAUCGACCACAAACAUACAUUUAAAUAAUCUAUCUAUCCUUUCGGUUUAUUUUAUAAACUAAUACGAGUGUGUUUUUGUAAAUGAUUAAUUUAUCUUGUAUUAGAUAAAAAAAAGAAAAAAAAAAAUCUUGUUUCACGCGAUUACAAUCGAUCCUUCGUAUUUUACAUUUUGAUCUUUGUUCUCGAAUUUGACUUUUACAAGAUUAUUUUUCUAUUUUAUUUUUAUAUGUGUGAACACAUUGUGGUUUUUCGAUAGAUUUUUUUCAUAUGAAAAAUAUAUUUAUCGAGUUUGAUUGAUUGGUUUUUUUUUUUUUUUUGGAUUAAAUUAUUACAUGUUAAAUUAUUAUAUUUGGAUUAAAAAAAUUAAAUGUUGAUAUUAAUUUUGAUCCGAGAUUAAUGAAAUAAAAUGAAAAAGAAAUUAUGGGAUAAUGUUUCGAAAGCACGCUCGUAUGCACGAAACCAUGCAAUAAGUAAUAAUCAAUCACGAGUAUAUCAUUAGUUAUAGUCGAGUUUUUGGGCGUAGGUUAAAAGGGCACCUUUUUUCUCUUUUUUUUUUUUGUCUUUUUUUGCAUAAUCUAAGAAAAAGCGAUAUUAUUUUUCUAGAGUGCAUGGGAGAGACGAUACGAUAAAAUGUACACAUCAAUUGGAUUUAUUGAUUUUGAAAUCAAAUUGAAGUGUGUUCACUCCUUGUCCGUCGUUCGCUCGCUCGACAUUUUUUCUAAAAAUCACUAAACGUGUGUGUGUGCAAUAGUAGCACAAUAACAUAUUGCAUGAUGACACUCUGCAUGCCCAAAUGUCAUUAGUUAUUAUUAUUCUUGCGUGUGAUUCGAAUAAUUCCAAUUCCAUCGUCGUUGCUCGUCUAAAAGUUAAUUAACUUAUUGUUAAACAAAUCUAAGAAAAAAGAAAAUGAGAAAACAAUCUUUAAUAUAUCGCGAAAAACAAAGUAAAAUUUCUUUUUUCAUAUCGAAUCUAAUAUGUGAUACUUUUACGCGAUGGAAUGAAUGUUUCUAUAGAAAUAUCUUGUCCAAUCGUGUGUAUGGGGAAAUUUCAAUUUAAAUUUAUUUAAAAAAAAAAAAAAGAAUAACGUAAUAUCGUUGUUGUAUAAUAUAUUUAUUAAAUUUUCAAUCGGGCUCCAAAAAAUAUUAUCAUCGUAUACAAACACGCAUUCAAUUCGAAUUCUCGCGAAUAAUUUCAAAGAAAAAUGUGUUUCAACAAUUAUGGGAAACAGUAGGGAGCGGGAGGGGGUGGGGGUGGCUGGUUGGGUUUAAAAAAACGAAAAGAAAAAAAUGUCGAACGGGGAAACAACGAUUGGUCCUUUUCGGCGAGUUAAACGACGAUACAAUAACAACAAACAAAAAAAUUACCUACGAAACCUUCCAACCCCGACGGGAAUAUGCAAUGCGAGGCAGAUUUUAUGAGAAAAAAAAAAAAAUAUAUAAAAAGAAAAAGAAAAAAAAAAAAAAA